GCUGCCCUGAAUGGAGAACAUAGAAAGGACGGGACAGAGAGAAAUUGGGGACCCUGACAAGAGGGGGCAGGCAACAGCUGCCGCCAGGGGACAGGCAGACGCGACCUGGCGGUGGUGGCCUCGUGGGGCUGCAGGCGGCGGCGCAGCCAUGCCCAGGUACACGGUGCACGUGCGCGGGGAGUGGCUGGCCGUGCCCUGCCGGGACGCGCAGCUCACGGUGGGCUGGCUGGGCCGCGAGGCCGUGCGGCGCUAUGUCAAGAACAAGCCCGACAACGGCGGCUUCUCCUCGGUGGACGACGUGCGCUUCCUCGUGCGCCGGUGCAAGGGCCUGGGGCUGCUGGACAACGAGGACCCACUCGAGGUAGCCCUGGAGGACAACGAGUUCGUGGAAGUGGUUAUAGAAGGCGAUGCAAUGUCUCCUGACUUCAUUCCAUCUCAGCCAGAAGGAGUUUACCUAUACAGCAAGUACCGAGAGCCUGAAAAGUACAUCGCCUUAGAUGGGAACAGUCUGACCACAGAGGAUCUGGUCAGCUUGGGAAAGGGACACUACAAGAUAAAGCUCACCCCGACUGCUGAAAAGGUGGUGCAGAAGUCCAGGGAAGUGAUAGAUAGCAUCGUGAAAGAAAAAACAGUUGUUUAUGGCAUUACUACAGGUUUUGGGAAAUUUGCCAGAACUGUAAUUCCUAACAAUAAACUACAGGAGCUUCAAGUCAACUUAGUACGUUCACAUUCUUCAGGUGUUGGGAAACCACUAAGUCCUGAGAGGUGUCGGAUGCUCUUGGCUUUAAGGAUCAAUGUUUUAGCCAAAGGAUACAGUGGCAUUUCCCUGGAGACCCUCAAACAAGUUAUGGAAGUAUUUAAUGCCUCCUGCCUGCCCUAUGUUCCAGAGAAAGGAACCGUUGGUGCCAGCGGAGACCUUGCCCCACUGUCUCAUCUCGCUCUUGGGCUCAUUGGAGAAGGGAAGAUGUGGUCUCCAAAGAGUGGCUGGGCUGACGCUAAAUAUGUCCUGCAAGCCCAUGGCUUGAAACCAGUUGUUUUGAAACCAAAAGAGGGCCUGGCGCUCAUCAACGGGACGCAGAUGAUCACCUCCCUGGGCUGUGAAGCUGUAGAGAGAGCCAGUGCCAUUGCACGGCAGGCCGACAUCGUGGCCGCCCUGACCCUCGAGGUUCUGAAGGGCACCACCAAAGCCUUCGAUACUGACAUUCAUGCUGUUCGCCCUCAUCGUGGGCAAAUCGAAGUUGCUUUUCGGUUUCGGUCACUGUUGGACUCAGAUCACCACCCAUCAGAAAUAGCAGAAAGUCACAGGUUCUGUGACCGUGUCCAGGAUGCAUACACCUUGCGCUGCUGUCCACAGGUCCAUGGUGUGGUGAAUGAUACCAUAGCAUUUGUGAAGAGCAUCAUUACCACAGAACUGAACAGUGCAACAGAUAAUCCUAUGGUCUUUGCCCGUAGAGGAGAGACAAUUUCUGGAGGAAACUUCCACGGUGAAUACCCAGCCAAAGCCCUGGACUAUUUGGCCAUUGGUGUUCAUGAACUUGCUGCAAUUAGCGAAAGAAGAAUUGAAAGGCUCUGUAAUCCUUCCCUCAGUGAGCUGCCUGCCUUCCUCGUCGCUGAAGGUGGUCUGAACUCUGGGUUCAUGAUAGCCCACUGCACGGCUGCAGCCCUCGUUUCUGAGAACAAGGCUCUGUGUCACCCCUCGUCUGUGGACUCUCUCUCCACCAGCGCGGCCACGGAGGACCAUGUCUCCAUGGGAGGAUGGGCAGCGAGGAAGGCCCUCAGGGUCGUUGAGCACACGGAGCAAGUGCUGGCCAUAGAGCUGCUUGCAGCCUGCCAGGGCAUAGAGUUUCUACGCCCCCUGAGAACAACCACUCCGCUGGAGAAGGUCUAUGACCUGGUGCGCUCUGUUGUAAGGCCCUGGAUAAAAGAUCGCUUCAUGGCCCCGGACAUCGAGGCAGCGCACCGGCUGCUGCUAGAGCAGAAGGUUUGGCAAGUAGCCUCACCAUACAUUGAAAAAUACAGAAUGGAGCAUAUUCCAGAGUCAAGACCUGUUUCUCCAACGGCCUUUUCGCUGGAAUUUCUACACAGGAAAUCCAGCAAAAUCCCAGAGUCUGAGGAGCUUUAAUGGGCUUCGUCGUGGAUUAGCAGACGAGAUGGCAUUUAGUGUAGCAUGAAGCAGGAUUGUGCUGAAGGACAGGCCUGGGAACUUUCCUAGGUAGAUCAAUCUGUUAUAUAACUCAGUUCUUCAAAAACCUACUUUGGUCAGGCUGGUGGCAGUAUUACAGUUGCUAAAUUUGGCACGGUGUUCUUGUUGCCAUAGUUCGAGACGCACCAGGUGCUUUCAGAUUAUAGGUGUUUUCUUUCUUUCUUAGCAAUAUCACUUUUAAGGGUGAGAAGAAUAACCACAAUUGUACGGGUCUGUUUUUCACUCUUAGCAUUAGACAAACUCAGAUUUGGAAACAGAUUGCUAGCAUUCUUUUCUAAAAACAUUAGACUUUUGUAAACCUUUUUGUUGUUGUUGUUGUUGUUGUUAUUUGCUUUGACAGCUCUCUACCAGUUGACUUUCUUUGGCUGCUUGUACUAUGCUGUGAUAUGACCCGUGUCCCUUAAUAUGCCUUCAUAAAUAACCAUGUAAGUGGUAAUUUGCCUUCACUCUACUCUUUCUUCUAUUAAUUGAAUCAUAGUAAAGAUUAGUCAAUAGGUCUUAAGCAAUUAAAUACAGAGGUUGUUAAAACCAACAUGAGGUUUCAUGUGGAAAGAAGUUAAGGAAUGAAUAUAAAGACUGAUACUUGGGUGGCCCUUAUUGGACUCUGUAUUUCAUACUUACCAAAUAUCACUAUACACAUCCCCCAAGUGCUUGAUUUAAUCAUAUGUUUAAAUUGGAGUUUGAGGUUAGUAUCCUCACUUCCUAUGUGUUAGUACUCUAUUCACAUUCUUAUAGUAACCCUGCGUAAGCAGCUUCCUCAUUUCACAGAUAAGGAAUCUCUGGGGUUGACCAACAUCCUCUCUGGUGGUAAUCAUUAAAACGAGCCCUAUUGACAAAGGUCAGAUGGGAACCUAGGAAGGAUUACCCAAUCUGUUUUUCCCCCAAGAAGAAGAUAAAGCCUCUCUGGAAAAGCUUAAGUAACUGUCCAGGUGAAGGAUGGGUCCGAUGACCUCUUGGCCUCCCAAACCUAAGAUCUGUGACUUUGCACCUACCUGUGCAAACGUGUGCAAGGCACCCCAAGCGCCGGAGUCUGACAUCAUGGCUCCAAAACCUGCAGCUGGUCAAGAAGAGGACAGAUACGCUUGCCAGCUGGCCUACCUGAGUACAGCCUAAAACGGGCCCCACAGUGUAUUUCACAAUAGAGUUUUCACUCUUUAGAUUGCAACCUAGACACAGGAAAGGUGGAAACCAAAGUGAAAACUGCUGCCUACAGCAAUUCAGGGAGCAAAAAACGUGCUGAGAGAUCUGUUUCCCAAAGGUUCUUGGUGAUAUUCUUUGCUAAAAUGUGGACCCACACAAAUGAAGUUGAUUCAUUCUCAUCCACGCUAUGGUUGAGCCAGCAAACCUGAGCAGUCUGAUGGCUCUUCACUCCAGCCUGGGGAGUGCUGGGUUCCCGCCUGCAGCCCUCCAGGCCACAAGGACACUUUGUAUACAGCUGUUAGUAACUCACAUCAUGUUCAAGGGAAUUGCAAGGGAAACACGAAAUUAACUGUC